AUGCCUCGGAUUAACAUUAAGGGAGGUGUUUGGCGAAACACAGAGGAUGAAAUCUUGAAAGCUGCUAUUAUGAAAUAUGGCAAAAAUCAAUGGGCUCGGAUAGCAUCAUUGCUACAUCACAAAGCCACUAAACAAUGUAAAGCUAGGUGGUAUGAAUGGCUCGAUCCUAGUGUCAAAAAAACGGAAUGGAGCCGUGAAGAAGAUGAGAAGCUUUUGCACUUGGCAAAGAUGAUGCCAACGCAAUGGCGAAAAAUAGCUCCGAUUGUUGGUAGAACCGCAAAUCAGUGCUUAGAGCGUUAUGAAUACUUGUUGGAUAAAGCGCAAAACAGGGAGGGAUUAUCUGCCGAAGAAGAUCCAAAGCGUCUUCGACCGGGAGAAAUCGACCCAAAUCCUGAAACUAAACCAGCUCGUCCAGACCCCGUUGAUAUGGACGAAGAUGAACUAGAAAUGCUUUCAGAAGCUAGAGCAGGAUUGGCCAAUACCCAGGGUAAGAAAGCAAAACGUAAAGCUAGAGAACGUCAACUUGAAAUUGCUCAAAGAAUGGCUAUGAUGCAAAAACGUCGGGAGCUUCGUGCAGCUGGUCUCGGAACAUUUCUAGGCCUGAUGCCCAAAACAAAACCAUGCAUGGAUUAUAAUUCAGAGAUACCAUUUGAAAAACAACCACCGAAAGGAUUCUUUGAUACAAGUGCUGAGAAGCCAGAAAUUAAACCUAUGGAUUUUCAGCGUUUACGACUUUCUGAUAUUGAAAAAGAAAGUUAUAUGGAAAGGGAAAAACGAGAACGUAAAAAGGAUGCCGAACGUCAGGCUAAACGUAUGCAAUCAGAUUUACCUGGUCUUAUUCAACAACGUGAAUUGGAAAAUUUAACCAAAGUUGGUCAAGAUGGUGAAAAUGCUGUCAGAAUGGCUAUUGAAGAUUCUGUUGGUGAAAUGGGCUCUGCAACACAUCCUCUGUUACCUGAGUGUCCUACGGGGGGAUUCGCAACGUCUGCUUUAAGUCUUCAACGUACUCCAAUGGCUAUGAUAGAUACUGUAACAAGAGAAGCUCAAAAUAUUUUAGCCUUACAACAAGUACAAACUCCACUGAAAGGUGGUGAAAAUACUCCAUUAGUCGGGAAAUCCGAUUUCUCCGGUACAACACCACGUCUACCAAGUAAUCUGUCAACACCGAACAUUCUGCUACCGAGUCAAAUAGUUGGUGCCAUUCCAUUUCGUACACCGAAUAUCAUCGAAAAUGGUACUCCAAAUGUUCUAAUGGGUGGUGGUGUUAUCGGUGGUAAUACACCUGGUCCAAUGAGAAUCGGUGAACGAAAUGGUCCAAUACCCAUGAAUAAUACACCGUUAAGAAAUCGUCUUAAUAUCAAUGCAUCAAUUAACGAGAAUAAUAUCGAUGCUCUUGAUCAUCAAGAUGGUGCUGCUGCUGGUUUCUACGAUAUCAAUAGUGUAAAAACAAAUCUACACAAAAGUCUAGCUAAUCUUCCAACACCGAAGAACAAUUUUGAAAUAUUUAUCCCCGAUGAGAAUGCAGUGAAUGUUGAUGAUGAUGAUAGUACUAUGGGAGAAAUUGGUGCUGGUACUGUUGAUAUGGAUCAAUUUGAAGAGGAUAAAGGAUCUGCAGCAAAAAUUCCUGAUCAAUCAGAUUUAGACAGACAGUCAGAGAUAGAACGAGCCAGAGCUGCUGAAUUAGAAUGGUCUAAGCGUAGUCAAGUGGUGCAUCGUUCACUUCCCAGGCCAUCAGCUGUUAAUCAUGCAGUGUUACGCAAUAUACCGAGUGGUGGUGGUGCAACAAAUCAACCACCUCAACAAGAAGCGAAUAUGACUGAUUUGCAAAAGGCUGAAGAAUUAAUUAAACAAGAAAUGGUGACAAUGAUGCAUUAUGAUAAUUUGAAUAAUCCUCCACCGAAUCAACUGUUGGAUGCAGCGAAACAAGCGUCGGCUACAACAACAGCAUGA